AUGUUGCUGAAUUUGUUGUUAGCGUUGUGGUUCAGUUUACGUGGUGCAGCUUACGCCGGAAACAAGUCCCAGACAGACACACGGACAAAGGUUGGUUUGUUGAAGUCGUUAAUUUACGACAACGCCAAGGAAAUAGUUAUCCUGGAUUCUUCAGCCCUAAAACAACUGAUUCAACUGUCUUCGGAUAACUAUUCUUCCACCACAGUGCGGCGAGUCAGCUUUUCUGUCAGCUUAAGACCGAAGGAACUCAAGCUUGGAGCUGGACAAUCGGUGAAAUAUGACGAAGUACUCACAAAUGAAGGGAACGGAUAUAACGACAGAACGGGAGUGUUCACGUGUCCUGUGGCGGGAACCUACAUGUUUGUUGUCGACUCUUUAUCCCAACCUGGGAUCUGGUUACAUUUGAAAGUCAACAAAAACGUAGUCGGUAAACUCCACGUGUCUUCUAGUGGAUACAAUGGAAACCCAUUAAUCCAAAUAAGCAGGACAGUAAUUGUUCGGCUCAAACCAGGGGACCAUGUCAAAAUUGAAAAUGCUUCAAACAUCGGUACGAUAUACCAUAAAAUGUUCUCAGGAUUUACAGGAACAUUCUUGAAUUGA